GAGAGAGAGAGCGUCGGUAAUAUUUGUAAGAGCGGAAGUAUCUUAAGUGAAAAUGGAAAUGUUUGUGUUUUCCCCGUAGAUAUAGAUCGACGUGCGAAUGAAUCUUGUAAAGAGUGCGACGUGUUAAUAGUCUCGUAAAGGAGAUUUUCGAAAUUGGGAAGAAGAGCUAGCGGGGGGCCUCUCGCGAGAGUCGCGAAGAUUGCGGAUACCAGCGGCGAGACGGGAGCAACGUGGCGAAGAGCGCGGAGCGAAGAGUGGAGAGGAGGCUGCUUGUUUCUUCGCGCGAAGAAAGAACCCACGGCGAAAGCGUUGAUCGCGAGAUCCGCGAACAGUGAUGGUCGAGGAAAAUACGAAGAGGCGCGGAGAAGAGAGGAAUUACGGGUUGACUUAAAUGAAUAUAAAUCACUGGCAUUAAGACGGAAAACAAGAGAAAAAAAAAGAGAGAAUGCAAAUUAUGAGCGAUGUCCCCACUUUCUUCCCUCCAUUAAACGCCGUAUUACGAGAUAUCAGGAAUACUUGAAACCCCUAAGCCGCUUUUCUUUUUCACGUUUUCACGGGCCGCUAUGGAAAUGAGGGAUUACACGAGGAUUUGGGUGAAAAAAUCAUUCGUACUGCCUUCGCUGAGUCUGCCCCACCUCGCUUCCCCCAUCGCUUCGCCGCCGUGGUAUUCAUAUCGAUACGUGCACGCGCGAGUGCACGCCUCGACGUGGCGUACACACACGUCGCGAUAAUCCGCACAAACAGCCGUAUUGUAAAGCAAUUCAAUUCGGGCAUUCACGCCCUCACACAUAUCCGCGGAUCUUUUCCUCUUUCGACAUACCCCCACCCCUCUUCAUUGGUCGAAAUGUACGCGCGGAUAUACGUUUAUUUCCAAUCCGACAGCCGGAACUGAUAGAAAGGUUUCGCCAGCUGUUCGUUAUGCGGAAACCGUGACAGUCGCUUUCACCAGCUCUUCUGAUCCGCGGUCGAAGCGCGGACUUUCGCAUCGUAGGAGAAUAUGCGCACGCUUCCGCCGCAAAUGAAAACCCAAUUGACUUCAAUUUCGCUGUCGUUACGAGUCCAAUGCAGGGGAAAAACGACCUACAAGUAAUUACGGUCUUGACUCGAGGCGCGCGUAUAUUACACGGAAUACAUCUGCUUACGAGAGAAUUGAUUAUUUUUCCGUGGGGGAUGUUUCUCCUGUAGGACAAUUGGGCUAAACGUUAGGCGUACAACGGAAAUGCAAGGUGCCGACGAUACGCGGGCGGUAUAGCAGAAAUUUAAAUAGUUACGGUAUCUUCACGAAGCGCUAUGCGGUGACUCACGCUUAAGUAUUCCAUUGUGCAGAGGUUCCGCAAGCAUUGCCCCGCAUAGCAGGCGCUUCCAAAAAUACACGUUUCGUUUUAGCGUUUCGCGCACGUCGAUAUGCAAACGCAUCAGUAAUUCAUGGACCGUAGCUCGUUGCAGAGUUGCUGCAAUAAAGAGUGGGAAACUAGGAAAUUUAUUAGAAAUUUCCGAGCUGUAAUGGGCGAAGAGAUUCCUCACAGUACCCCGUAAUGCUGUCGAAUGAUAAAACAUUCCUCGCGAUGGUGAAAUCAAUAGGCACGUACUUGCCUUCCCUUCUUAUUUUUCCCCACUUCUCCUUUUUCAACAUAUCACAUCGCACCCCCUUUCUCUCUCUCUCUCUCUCUCUCUUUCACCCCCUGAGCUGCUUUUUCUCUCAGUGAUCAAGUGUUGAUUAAAUAAGGACGAAUAUUUGAAUGGAAAGGAAGUCAUCCUAACGCGUACGUUCUGAUAUUUUCUCUUGUUUUUCCGGGAAGAAAGAUGAUGACGUAAAAUAAAAGUAUUGAGUGAAAAUAAAGUGUCGCAAGACGGCGUGAACCACAAAGUGAUUUCAAAGUGACAAGUAUUGAGCGCGAUCAAACGACGAGAUUCUGCUUUCAGCUCCGACCUCUCUUCCAGUUUCGCUCGUUCCGUUGUCAAGAGUAUUGAUAUCGAGUAUUGAUAUUUCGCUGCAAACACUCAAAGACUCGUAACUGACAUCCGAAGCAUGAGAGACAUAUAUUUGUCCCCGACAAAAGAUGUGUCCAAGAGCUGAUCUUAGGACCCGUUGGAGUCACCCGUCGAGUGCCGGAGAGGGGAAAAUACGAAACGGAGACCGAGAAACACGCGGAGGAUGGAAGCAUGAUUCUGAUGCCGCGGGUACGGCGAACUCGACGGAAAACUAGAAGAAGAACGUCCUGAGGCCGAAGGGAGAGAUCGAGGAGGAGGGGUGGAAUGACGAGGGUUUGCGGGGAUAUGGAUACCCGCGAGGACAGCGGAGUCGGUCGAUCGCGAAGCUCGAAUCUGUUGACUUAACCGUCUCCAAGGGGGAUCUCGGCAUGCGUCCUGCGGAGCCGGACGGGACGUCGUCGUACUUCUGUUUAAGUUACGCAUCACGAGAGAUUACGUUCGCGACAUGAUUUCGGGAGAGAAAAUUACCGCGUACCGUUAACGUCGCUCGCGGACUAUCAAUGUCCUCGAGACACGACUCGAGGGAGGACUCGCGCCUUUCGCUAAUGUCGUCGCAGGAGACCUCUUCGAAUCGGCGUCGCUCCCUGAUAUUUUCUGUGGCAUGUACGUGACCCCAACGACGUGGAAAGAAAUUUGCGGCAGCAGAGCCUCGAAAAGACCCGGUACCGUGGGCGGUACAACCUUGUGCCCCUGGUACGGUACCGUUUCCUGAAGGACGAGGCUGGCCGGUGUGUGCGUGCGUGUGUUUGCGAUUGUGUGGAGGAGGAAAAAAGAACUCAAAGGUACCUUUCGUGCGGUGGUACCUGCGGCUGAGUGUCUCUUCGAGUCGCUUCAAUUGUCUACGCCUCGUGCCAGGUGCUUGCGAACACCGUACCGGAUCGUGCAAGAUCAACUGUGCGAAUCGGUAUCAAACGGUACCGUCAUCAAGGAUGAGACAAUCCGGCAAAGCAUCGUGAGGAACAGCAAAAGAACGUACGUAUCUUGGUCGUUGGACGAUGACCGACUGGCCGUCGUCGUGGUGGAGAUGACUACCAGGUUAGUGGCUCGUCCCGAAGACGACGACGACGACGACGAGGUCCACGAAGAGACACGAGACUCGGCCGUGGGCCAUCACUGCCACUGAUAGAGCCGGCAUCCCGUCGCAGCUCACAUCGAUGCCGACUGCCACAUCCACGAAACGAGGAAAUUCAGCGCCGUCACUCCAUUUUCGAGCCCAGUCAGCGCACGUUGGCCGACACAGUUCGGAAUGGGGAGUGUCGGCAGCAACGUGACAGGGACGACGACGACAGAUCCGACGACGUUCCUGCCAGACGCGACGCCGACUCUAAGCGAGCGUGAACAGGUCAAAAUCGAAUUUUACAAAACGUACGACGUCAUGACGGGGGUACGAAUCGCCGCGACCCUCGGCGGCUUUUUCAGCUUAAUGGUGUUGCUGGUAGUUUACAAGAGCAGAUGCAAAGCGAGCAAACAACUGGAAGACCCGGCUUUGACUGCGGCGGCAGCCGCGGCGGUCGCGGAAGCUGAAGCCGAGGAACGCGCACUCGCCGCCGCUCUGGAAGCGAUCGCCAGGUUACCACCUAGACCGGGUCGUGGUCCGAGAAGAUCGUUAUGCGUUGAGAUGAACCAGUCUCGUUCACCCGUGGUGGCACCUCGCUUCGCCUCAGUCGGAGGUGGAUACGACGCCCUGCUGGCACCGCCAAUCAGGCAACCGAGGUUGGCUCCCCCGGUCGAUUACAGAAGAUGUAGCUCGGUCACCUGUAGCAGCACUGGAAGUAGUUAUCUGGAACGAAGGGGUUCAGCCAUGGUAAUGCCGUGCCUUCCGCCUCCUCCAUCCUACCCGCAUCAUGCCGCCUACGAUGAGCCAUGGGACUUAUAUUACCCCAUCGAUAUCCAGGUAAUACAGCCAACUCCGGAUUUAUCGCCGUGCGGUAGCGAGGUCGGUCUUUAUGCCGGGGCAGUCGGCAGCCUUAUGGCGGCGUCGUCGGGUAGAAGAGCGCCGUUGGCAUCGAUGGGUAGCGUGGAUCCUCCCGACCCAGACACCAGGUCGCUCGGCUCCGAUUCCGUCUUCCUAAAGAACGAGGACGAGGAGCAGUGCAUCGACACCGAGGACGAGGUCUCGGGUUUCUCCACGGACUCGGACGCGCCUGGACCCAGCCGUCGGCGGUUCCUACGGGUGCCUUCUAGGAAAAAACGGAUCCCCGAAAAAUGGGACGGGUGCGCGGGCUGCGUGCCCAGGCGACGAGCCGGUAAUAAACCCUGCCAAGAAUGUUUGACCAUCAGUGCCGCUGUCGAAACCUUCAGGUCGCAACCACCCUCAACGACAACCAGUAGCAGUCAGAGUAGCGUUGGAUCUCCACCGUGUUCACCGCCGAUCGAGCUGAGGCACAGACCACCACCAACGCCAUUACCAUCAGUCCCGCCAAUAUGGUCCCAAGAAACGCUCUUUUAGAAUGCGUUUUUCGUAGUGAGCAUGUCCCUCGACCUGUUUUUAUCGAGACACGAAGCUAAAUCCAGAAUGUCGAUAUCUGAGGAAAUCAUUUGCCCGAAAAAUUGCUCUGGUCUUCUAUCUCUAAAAAAAAAAUCAUCUCUUCCUUUCUUGGAUCCCGUCGCCAUUAAAAUGUACAAUACUUUACGUGGAUUUGAAGAUCCAAUUGUUAUAUCGGUCAGUGAAUUCGACUACGAUUCACGAAUGCAACGUCGCGAUGAAAUCGUUACAAAAGUAUUUUCGUAAAAUCUAAAUUUUGCUCCAACAAAAUUGUAUCGCUGUGCACGCCGUAAUCUUUACGAGUCGCAAGAACAGAUGGAAGCUACGUAAAGGAUAAAAGUUAACCGACGACGAGAAGAAACGGAAGAAGCGUACGAGGGAGACGUGGGGGAAUAACGACGGGAAGCAUUUUUCGUCCGGGCGGUGAGGAAAUAUCGGAGAUUUUCGAUAUUACGGCGGCGACUUCUGUCCCGGAACCGGAGCAAACCCAUCUUAAGGUAGUCGAGAUCGAAGGCAUUUUACGUCGACUGUAUGGUA